AUGGGCACCACCUUCGUUGCACUUCUUGUCCUCCGCCUGGCUGUCGCUAUCAGUGCCGUUCCAUACACGCUGCAGACUAACCUGAGCGGGCCGACCUUCUUUGACGCCUUCGACUUCUGGACGCAGUAUGAUCCGACGUACGCGCAACCAAAGGCCGGGCUGCUGUAUGAGAACCGAGCUGACCAAGUCACAAGCUUCGGUUUUGUCGAGUACAUCGACCGCGGAGCCGCACAGGCGCUACAGAUGUUGCACGUUACCGAUGGCGUGGCAUACUUCGGCGCCGAUGCGGUCCAGAUGUACGAUCCUUAUGCCAACAAGGGCCGCAAGAGUCUACGCUUGAGCACCAAGCAGACUUUCAACCAUGGCCUGUUCAUUAUCGAUCUAUCUCACAUGCCCAGCAGCGUAUGUGGCAUUUGGCCUGCAAUAUGGAUGCUGGGAAACGGGCCCCUUCCUUGGCCAGCCUACGGCGAACUCGACAUUAUAGAAUAUACGAAUGAUGCCUCGCACGGUCUCUUCGCCAUGCACACCGCUCCAAACUGCACGAUCGCCGGGUCGGGGCAGACCGGCACUUUGCUGACGAACGACUGCGGUGAAGACCAAGGAUACAAAGGUUGCAACAUAUCACCAAAUAUGCCUAACACUUUCUUCCCACGAACUGCUGUUAUCCCUCCUGCGGUGCUCGCGCUGAACCCCAACCCAGACGAAUUCGGAACGCCUGUCGCCAAUUUUGGGGGAAGCUGCAAUAUCGAUGAGCACUUCAGCAACAUGCAACUGAUCUUCAACAUCGAUUUUUGUGGCACAUGGGCUGGUCCAACUUUCAACUCUAAUACUUCAUGCCCUGUAAUGGACCCGUCGAAUCAAUGGACGUCUUGCAACAUAUACGUGGGAAACAACCCACAGGCGUUCAAGGAAGCCUAUUUCGCUGUCAACAGCAUAUUAGUACAUCAAUCAGCGACUGCCAAUGUUCCCGAGUCGAGUUCAGUUCCGUCAGUCGUCCCAGCGGAGAGCACCAGAUCCGUGUCUGCCAGUGGAGCAGAAGGACGGCCGACAACGAGCAGCACUUCAAACACGCCCACAGCGGGAAGCGCGGUGCCGAGCGACACGGCCGCUAAUCAGUCAUCGUCCAUUUCGACGCCAUCACCAACACUGCUCGGAGACACAAGCCCGGUAGGAGCGAGCACAGAGAUCGUCGUUGAAACCAGCACCGUAAUAGUGACUGUGGCACCGCCUCCCCGCCCGAGUCUGGCGUAA